AUGAGCGCCGCCGCUCUCUACAGCCUGGACUCCCCGGCAUGCUAUAAGAGCUGGUGCCUGGAGCCCGCCAACUUCUACGACGCCAAGGUGGGCAGCGGCGGCGGGCCGGGUCCCGCCUGCAAGCCGGGCGCCCGCGGCGGCUGCGGGAUGAGCGGCGAGGAGGCGGGCGGCGGCCUGGGCGGCAGCGGCACCAACCUGGCGGAGCUGAGCGCCGCCGCCCCGGCCAUGUACGAGGACGAGAGCGCCAUCGACUUCAGCUCCUACAUUGACUCCAUGUCCGCCGUGCCCAACCUGGAGCUCUGCAACGACGAGCUCUUCGCCGACCUCUUCAACAGCAACCACAAGCCCGAGCGGGGCGGGGAGUACGGCGAGUACUUGCCACCGGGCGGCGGCGCCGGCCGCGACCCUGCCAAGGACCUCGGCCCUGCCAUGACCACCCUGCUGGGCUCCGAGCCCCGCACCGCCUCCUCCUCCUCCUCCUCCUCCUCUUCCUCCUCCUCCUUCUCCUCCCGCGGCGCUCUGAAGCAGGAGCCGGACUGGAGCGACAGCGACCUCUCCUCCUCGCUGCUGCCCUCGCAGAUCGCCACCUGCGCGCAGACCAUCAUGAACCUGAGCGGGCAGCCCACGCCGCCCACGUCCCCCGAGCCGCCGGGCAGCAGCUCCCCGUCCAGCUGCAGCACCCGCUCGCCGGGCCCCGGAGCCGCCGCCGUGCCCGGGCCGGCGCAGGGCGUCCCGCAGCCCAUUGCUGCCGCCGCCGCCGGCGGGGGUAAGGAGCGCGGCGGCAAGAAGUGCGUGGACAGGUUUAGCCCCGAGUACCGGCAGCGCCGGGAGCGCAACAACAUCGCCGUGCGCAAGAGCCGCGACAAGGCGAAGCGGCGCAACCAGGAGAUGCAGCAGAAGCUGCUGGAGCUUUCCGCUGAGAACGAGAAGCUGCACAAGAAGAUCGAGCAGCUCACCCGGGACUUGACCAGCCUCCGGCACUUCUUCAAGCAGCUGCCCAGCGCUUCUUUCCUGCAGCCCGGCUCGGGCACCGACUGCCGGUAACCGGGGGGGAGCGGGACGGAGAGACGGACUCCGGGAGACGGUGGAUAAAUACCUCAGAGGGCCGGGCCGGGCCGUGCC